AUGGGACCGAACUCGCUGCUGCAAUAUGUUUGCGAGAACUUCAUCUACCGGCUACCGGAGCCACCGCCGCGAGAAAGAACUGUCCCUAUGCAGGUGCUCUGCGUCGGCAUGUCGAGGUCAGGCACAGAGUCUUUGAAGGAAGCACUCGUCAUCCUUGGUUAUGAGGGCUGUUACCAUGGUGAGGACUUCCCCAAUAAUGCAGAGUCUCGCGAUGAACACAAUGAUCACGGCAAAUUUGGGCGACCUCGACGCUUUGAUUUACUUCUCGAUGGAGGCUACAUACGUACCUGGGCGCGUUUAGUGCGUCAAAAGUAUUUCCCAUCCACAUCCAAAUGGUCUCCGUUCCCCAAGGCAAGAUCACAGGCUUGCAUCAGCGCCAAAGAAUUCGACGCAGUUCUUGGCCACUCCAGCGCUGUACUUGACACUCACGCCGCAAUAUUUGCCUACGAUCUUAUCCAAGCAUAUCCGGAUGCAAAGGUGAUCUCCAAUCAGCGACCAGAUCUAGACAAGUGGACAAACUCUAUCAUGGGAUCAUUGGGAGCGGCACGGACACAUCCAGUGAUCCGCGUGGCAAAGUGGUUCGAGACAGAAAUGUGGCAUCAAUCUUCAAUCUGCUUUGACCUGAUCCUUGCAGCUGGGUUCGGCUAUGCUUUUAGCGGAGGCUCGUUCGAAGCUGGCGUCCUCGGGAGAGCAAAACACCUCAACAUUCAACACUCCGCAAUGGUUAGGGGUGCCGUACCCAAAGAAAUGCUACUUGAAUGGAGCGUUGAACAGGGAUGGGAGCCGCUCUGCAAGUUCCUGGGCAAGCCAGUGCCGGAGGUUCCCUUCCCUAACAAGAAUGCUAGUAGUAGCUUCGCAGCUCGGGUGGAUGCUAUGGUGAAAAAGAAUCUGAUACGAGCUGCGGUCAACUUUUGCCUGUGUUGCGCUUUCGUUGUGAUGGGAAUGAUCGCGCUCAGCACUGUACAUACAUGGUCUAGGUAG